AUGUUAAAGCUCGUCGUGCUCGUAGCCUUAAUUGCUGCCAUUUCGGCAGUUUGGGAUGGUAAGAUACAAGAUAUCCCUGGUGUAAGCAUAGCUAAUAUGGAACGACUACGAGCACUUCUAAAUCCCCUUCCAAAGGACAAAAAUGAAGUCACUGAAAAAAUGAGCACAUGGAUGAAUGGACUGACAGAAACUGAAAAGACCUCAUUUGAAGCGUUCUUGGAAGAGAUGCGUAAGAAAUAUCCCCAAGGAAUGCCUGUGAUAACACCAUAA